CAUAUUCUGUGGACAGACUACAGUCGGCUCAGGUUUUCUGUUCUGGAUUUGAAGAAACUAUUGUUCCUUUGAGCAGUUUUACUGACCCUGGAUCAGUUUUUGGUAUAGAAAUCAAACGGAAUUAAUUUCAUCAGUAUUUUUUAUCGAUCAGAUUCAGCAAUGCAUCACUUUGUUUCUUUACUGUUAAUCAUUAUUGGGCUGCAUGUGAGCAUUCAGACAUACGUAAUGGAUUCUGAUCCAGACAUCAACAGAAAAAACAGAUGGUGGCUGAAUGUGUACUAUGCAACGAACUGGGGAUCAUGGGGGUUUAAGGACAUCUGUCCAAAUGGGACGUACGCCGCAGGGUUCAGUCUAAAGGUGGAACAACUUUCCCAUGGCUUUUGGGAUGAUAACACUGCACUCAACGGGAUUCGCCUUCACUGCAUCGAUCCGUCCAAAGGCUUAUCAAGCUCGUAUGAGAAAUACGCCUCAGUUCAGUCAGAUGUAGGAAGCUGGGGUCAGUGGACAGAAAUCAAAUGGUGUCCUUCUGGAUUAUUGACAGCAUUUCAGCUGAGAGUCGAAUCUUUCCAAGGAAUUGAAGACGACACAGCCGCAAACAACAUCAGAUUCAGAUGCAGCGGAGGGUCUUUGCUGCAGGGUGCUGGCACAGCCUGGGGCGAGUGGGGCUAUAUGAGCACAACAUGUGAAGGAAAAGGGAUUUGUGGCAUCAUGACGCGGAUAGAAGAGCCGCAGGGAAUGAGAGAUGACACCGCUCUCAAUGACGCGAGCAUGUUAUGCUGUGAUUAAGGAGUUAGAGGAUGGCAGCAAGAACAGCAAGAAGAUCAGAUGGAUCAUAAUAAUUGAUACUUUACAAAACUGCAGUAUGACACAGUUCAUGUAAGUGAUAAUGUAUAUUAAGCCGGUCAUUAUCACAAAAUAAAAUACUAAUAGGAUGAUCAAGACCAUGACAAAAAGCCAAGGUUGCCUGGAUCAUCUUGCUUGUUAUUUUAUUUUUGUGCCAAAUAUCAUUAAAGUGUCUUUCUGAGAAGCACCUUGUAGUCACACAGCUUUUAUCACAACAUUUUACAUCAGAUGUUUGAUUGCAUUUGUGCAUGUGGCAGACGGUUCGAUCUAAAGUGACUUACACUGCAUUCAAAGUCUUAUCCAUUAAUGCAUUUCCUGAGAAUGAACAGUGAACUCUACAAGAACACUAGUGAACUCAUAUCUUUCUCUUUACUGCUAUAGUACGAAAUGAACAUGAAUGAACAUCAAAAAAGGUAGGCUAUUUUAUAAGAUAGCCUAGUACAACUUACUGAAAUGUCUCAUGUAAUCGCUUAUUUAGUGUUUCAAACUGCAGAAAACUUGUAAAGCUCAAACAGUGCCAUGUAACAAAACAUUUACCUCAGAAUAACCACUCAGCGUCCAUUCAGCUAAAAAAUGGCUAUAAAGAUGAUCAUUUUGCUACUUAAUAAAAUUUUAAACAUUUAAAUAUUUUUAUUUGUUGUCUAUGAUAAGAAAGAAUGCAAGGAGAUAAAGAUAAAAUUCAACACCUAUAUAAUUGCCUGUUACUAAUGAAGAAAAACAGGCUGGAUGUGUGCAAGACAUCUGACAACAUUUAUAGGAUGCACCCAAACUACACUCAAUGGCCAAGUGAUGUGAUAUUGGCACAGAUUCUGUGUAAUAAACAAUUCUUUGAGACUGUAUAGUGCUCAAGUUGGAAAAAGACAUUUAGUUCCCACUUUCCAGGACAUCUACAAAAUGGAUUAAAAUGCUAAUAAAGAAAAGAAAAGAUGAGACAAACACAUGACAGUAUGACUGAAAUGUUAAAACUGUUUAAAAAAAUUAAGAAAUUAAACAAGUUUAUUCUGUGGCACUUAAAAAAUAAUAAUUUGGCACCUAAUUUUGUUUCUUAUAGGAGCCAAUGGCUCCUUAGUUGAUUUUUUUUUUUUUGUCUGAAGCCCUCAUUUA